AAUGUGGCUAAAUCAGUCAAAUUUGUCUAAGUGUAAUGGAUCAAAUGACAUGAACACAGCUUGUGAGUUUGUCAAAGAAAAAAUGUAUUUUGCAUUUAAUGGGUUAAUAUUUGAGACAUGCUUUAGUUUAAUCUUAACGGAUAACAACUACCUCACUAACACAUUAAUAAUUGUAUGUUAAUAGUGCAUAUAUAUAUAUAUAUAUAUAUAUAUAUAUAAAUCAUCCUGAUAUUAUUUGUUAAUUAUUAGUCACAUGCUUAAGUGCUUUUAAACAAAUGGAACCCCAUAUUGCGAUGAUAUGAUUGAUCCUAGAGAUCCCUAAAUAUCGAUCUGGUGUUUGCAGAACGGUUUUAGUUUGAUUUUUCAGUAGCUCAUAAAUAGGUAAAAAAUGCUUCUGUGGCUGAUGCUAUUUUGUGUUGAAAUCGGAAAUACUGCUGCUUCUGCUUUUCAGUUUUAGAAAUAGGGAGUUUGACCAACAGUGUGAAACAGCCAUCAGUGAAGGACAGUCUGUUCAGUUCAACUAGAGAGAUUUAAAGUUUGGUUCUCUAAAGAAACACAAGAACAUGAUUGCUACGGAAAAGUUGCUUCUGAUUUCCUGCCUUUUUCAAGAUUUAAAGUUUGGUUCUCUAAAGAAACACAAGAACAUGAUUGCUACGGAAAAGUUGCUUCUGAUUUCCUGCCUUUUUCAAGGUAUAAUUUGCAAUACAUUUGAAGCCUUCAUGCCUCAGCGUAUUAAAGCCUUGAGCGGCUCCUGUGUGCUGAUUCCAUGUACAUUCACAAUUCCAAAGAGUUAUGAGAACGAUAUGGUGGAACCGGCCAGAGGAAUUUGGAUGACUUCUUAUAAUUUCAGAGAUAUUGUAUUUGACUCCAGUAGACAUUAUAGCGAGAAUACCCUGAAAGCAGAGCUACUUGGUAACGUGACUAACAAGAAUUGCACCACAAUAAUACAUCAUUUAAAAACAAGUGAUUCAAAACGUUAUUUCUUCAGAGCAGAACCUCCUAAUUUCACUUUUUAUCGGAGUGUUUUGCUUGAAGUUGCAGACUCUCCGGACAGACCUGUGAUCAACCCAUCGAGUGCAGUGAAGGAGGGAGCUCCCACGAGUUUAGCCUGCACUGCUCCAGCCCCGUGCCCAAGAGAUCCUCCAGCCCUGGUGUGGAGCGACACUCUGAACGGGAGUGUGGAGAUAGAGCAGGUUGAGCAGCAGGAUGGGACCAAGGCUGUAUCUUCUGUUCUGACGUUCACUGCCUCACAUCUGCACCACAACAAGGACAUCACAUGCACUGCGCAGUAUCCAGUGGAGUCUGAAACUAAAAGUGCUGAAGAAGUCUCGACUCUUCAUGUUCUCUAUUCACCAAAGAACACGUUGGUGUUAAUAAACCCUUCUGGUGAAAUACAUGAAGGAGAUCAUGUGACACUGAGCUGUAGCAGCAAUGCAAACCCAGCAGUGAGCCGCUACACCUGGUUUGAAGUGAAGGGAGAUAAUAUCAACGAGAAAAGUGCUGAACAGUACCUCACUUUUACUGACAUUAACCCGAGUGACAGUGGACUGUACUACUGUGAAGCAAGGAAUGAGCAUGGGGCAGAGAACUCGACAGCCGUGCAGCUGAAUGUAGCAUAUUCACCGAAGAACACAUCGGUUUUAAUAAACCCUUCUGGUGAAAUACAUGAAGGAGAUCAUGUGACACUGAGCUGCAGCAGCAAUGCAAACCCAGCAGUGAGCUGCUACACCUGGUUUGAAGUGAAGGGAGAUAAUAUCACAGAGAAAAGUGCUGAACAGUACCUCACUUUUACUGACAUUAACCCGAGUGACAGUGGACUGUACUACUGUGAAGCGAGGAAUAAGCAUGGGGCAGAGAACUCGAGAGCCGUGCAGCUGAAUGUAGCAUGCAUGCCACAGAUUUCACAUGAAUCCAGUUGCUCAAAAGAUGAUACCGAAAGCAUUACCUGCAUUUGUGUGAGCCGUGGGAGUCCAUCACCGAUCACUGAAUGGAGGAUUGCUGGAAAUAAACUGGAAAACAACACAGAUAGAGGGAGCAUCAGUAACUCAAAGUUAGAAGACCACACAAUGAGAAGCACACUCAUCCUGCUGAAGCCGUUGGCUAAAAAUGAGGCUAUACAGUGUCUGAGUAAAAACCGCAUUGGCACUGCAAGCUUCCAGUUCCAUGUGUUCCAUGAACAGAAGGAAGGUGCAGAAAAGCAGAUCCAUUUCCUGUCCGCUGUCUACGGGGGGUUUGCUUGUGCUGCAGUAUUACUGCUGGGGUUUGGCUUUUCCAAAUGUGUAAAAAAGUUAAUGAAAUCGAGGUCAACCGCCAGACCCAAAAGGGAAGACACUGCAGCGCUAACAGAGGUCAAUGGGCUUGACUUGAGCUCCCCUCAAGAUGAGGAGGAGAAUGCAAUCUAUGCUAACAGACCAGCAGCCACUGAAGAUCACCAACAGGGAGGCCAGGAAGAAAACCUUCACUACGCCUCCAUCGAUUACUCCAAACUGAAACCUGGCAACCAGGAGAGCGGCACUAAACACGCCUCACAGUACAGCACGGAAUAUUCUGAGGUGAAGCGUCCUGGGACAGCAGGAAGUGAGAGGGAAGUCACGGAUCCCCCCAUAGAGGAAAAUGAAUACGCUGAGAUGAAAGGCUGCCCUGCCAAGAACAGGGAGAACACAGCAGCUAAGAGUGUCUCGACAGAAGAAUCUGACUAUGCAGAGGUGAGACGCUGUCAUACAUCACCGGAAUGAACUUACAGAGAGAAGUUACCCAAAAGAGAAGGUACCAGGAGCACCAGCUUAAAUAUGGAGAUGAUAAAUCGGAACGGCUGGCCAAUCCGCUCGUCUCUCUCUCUUUGGCUUUGAUUAGAAUCCCAUGCAAAGUUUCCAGGAGACCCGUGACUGUAGGUUACAUUUGCUGUGUCCCGUGUUUUUAAGCAUAUUGCGGAGUGUGAUCCUAACCAAAGUGAUAUUAUCAGGAGCCUGGCUUCGUUGACACCCCUUCUAGUCUGUCCGGAUAUUUCCACACACAGGUUGACGUUAACGGCAGUGAUAUAAAGUGGGUUUGACUGCAUUUGAAGCCGUGAACAUGUCUUCUUUGUGCGUUAUCUUUUUGAGAAAUGUGUUUGAACAUGGUAUGGGUUAUGAAUGCAUGUUUAAAGCUAUGGACGUACCAUAGUCAUCAUAAUUAAGUCAGGCGUUAGAGAAGCAGGUGUUUCUAUAGAGCAUGCUUGUUUUCAAUAUUUUGGGGCUUUUAUUUGAAGUAGAAAUACAAAGGAACAUUGCACUUGUUUGUUUUAUUUUAUUUUUUGCCAGUUUACAUUACAAUGAUUGUAUUCACUUUGACAUUUGCUGUUGCACCAGCUUCAUCAUAGUGAAACAUAAACUGUAGCAAAAACUGAGUUAAUGACCAGGCUUAUCUAUUAAAUGGUAAGAGUGUUCUUUACUCUAGUUAUUUUUGCAUUUCAAACUUCCUUUGCUCAAUGACUUCCCCUAAUGAAGAAAUGUCAAAUUGCCUCAUAUUUUCAGGGAAGGACUAUGAACCAAAAAAAAAAACAAUUUGUCUGCUGCUGUAAAGAGAACACUGUGAAGAAACAUCAGCUCACAAUUAUGACGUUGUUAGCUGUACAAACUAAGAUGGGGUUGAUUAGUCUCUCGGUUUAAUCUGUAAUAACAUAUUCGUAGAUUCAUUAACACUUUACAUUAAAGAGAAAGUACUGGGGCUCCCCACGUGUUGCCACAACUGUUUAAAUAACGUACCUGUCAUUUUUAUUUUCAUUGUUAACAUCCUGACAACUUUCUACACUUAUGGUCUGUUUCAAAGCUCGGGUUUGAGGUCUGUCCUUUUAAUCUUUGCUGGAAAAGCGAUUUAAAAUCAAAGAGAGUAAAACGAUUUCUACUAGUUUAUGAUAACCCUACAGGUACUCGUUUGUUUAUUUUGUAGCUUUGGCCCUUGUGCUGAUUUAUUUUAUUAUUAUUAUUAUUAUUAUUUAUUUCUUAGCAGACGCCCUUAUCCAGGGCGACUUACAAUCGCAAGCAAAUACAAAUACAUUCAAGUGUUACAAUAUAAGUCAAACAUUUUGCUGUUUGUUUAAUUU